AUGUUUUUGCCGCCGAGAACUACGUCUGUAAUCCAGCCAUGUGAUCAGGGGAUCAUCAGAAACCUAAAAGGCCACUAUAGAAGUCAGGUUGUUCACAAGAUAAUUGACGACAUCGACGCCGAUGACGAACUGAGCGCGAAUAGCAUUGCUAAAAAGUUAACUUUGUUAGAUGCCAUCCAUAUGCUGAGAAAAGCCUGGAACAACGUCACGUCGUCUACAAUUGUAAACUGUUUUCGAAAAGGUGGCUUUUUCAAGCCAGAUGUUCAGCAACCUGUAGAAAGUGACAACUCUGAUGACACCAACUUCGCUGCACCGACUGGACUAACUAACGAGGCAUUUCAACAAUUCAUCUCCCACGACGACACACUGGACUGCCAUCAACCACAGACUGACGAAGAAAUCUGUGCAGCGUUCACACAACAGGAUUCAACAUCAACAACGGUAAACGAAUCAGAUGACAGCGACAACGACGAUCACGACUACCUACUGCCCGUCACCAACGGUGAGGUGAAGACAAUACUCGGCAGAGUGAGGCGCUUUUUAGAAGAAAAUGGGUGUGAGGACUUUGACAGGUUGUACCAGUUAGAAGAUUUGUGUGAAACAACAUCGGCUGCAAACCGCCGUCAGCGAACUUCAAGAAGAGUAAUAAUGACAAGAGUUCAUUAA